AAUUGGGUAUGCAGCCAUCCUGCAAAUUAACACAACCGAGAGCUGGGGGGAGGGAGGAUUAGGGAUUAAAGGGGUGUGCAGUUCAUGUUAGAUUUUAGUAUGUUAUAGAAUGGCCUCGUCUAAGCAACGUGAACUAUUUGCCUUCAUCCUUCAAAUGGGGGACACUGAUCCAACAGCCAAAAAUGAUUGCUUUGUGAGCCUACAUUUAUUGAUGUCUGGUGCAUAUCUAAGGAAAAUAUUUUUCGGAGCGGCAAACAAUGGGAGGUGUUUUUUUGGAAAGCGCUUCAUGUUGCCCAGUCAGUGGUUUAAAGCAGCAUCAUAUUGCGCAGCAAAUUCCAUUAAGAGUGUGAGAAAGGGACCUCUGGCGAUUCAUGUGAAGGGAUAUUCCACAACUGAACAAGAAGACGAUUUUAGUAAGAAACCAGAGAAAAAGAAAAAGGAAGACCCCAAUGCCAGGAAAGUGUUUGGAAGCAUUGGACGUAAAAUUCCUUACCGCCUAAUUCAUGUCUUUAAUGACAACGGAGAGGAUCUAGGAAACAUGCAUAGGGCUGAUGUUAUCCGUAUUAUGGAUGAACAAGGUCUAAAACUGGUUCCCAUCAGGGAAAAUGCUGAUCCACCAAUCUACAAACUUCUAACGGGCAAACAGAUUCACGAAGAGCAGCUCAAGAUUAGAGAGAAACAGAAACUUUCCUCCGGUCAUGGUCCUGUACAAAUAAAGGAGCUGUCCUUCUCAGCAUGUAUUGCAAAGCAUGAUUUGGACAUAAAAACAAAGCAAAUCAUACACUGGAUUGAAAAAAAGCAUCACGUUCGAAUCAGUGUUCAGAAAGGGAGCCCUGCAGGGGGGAAUGACAAACUGGAAGUUUUAAAUCAGAUAGCUGAAAAUAUGUCCGAACAUGCUACUUGUGUGGUCAAACCUAAACUUGUCAAGGAAGGAAGGUCAGCAGUAUGUGUUCUGAGGCCAUGGUCUGAGAAGGAACUACGUGAGCAGAAGAAGAAGGUCAAGGAGCAGCCUCAAGGCACAGAUGUGCCUAAGACAGAAAGCACAAGUCUAGGGAGUUUGUAAACCCUCCACUUAAAUGCAGCAUUGGGGCAUGAUAGACUUUUUGCCCUGGAAAAAAACUGACACGUUUGGGGGGAUUUUUUUUCUGGGUGCUAAAGAAAAUGUAAAAGAUUAAAACCUGCAGUCAAAAUAGUUUUAACAUGGGAACAGAGAAUAACAAUGUGAAAACAAAGAUUAGAGUUAAUGGGUCAGUGAGAUGACUUUCUAUGGGCAGUAAAAUUGUGCAGGAAGGUCAGUCUGAGGUGUGCAGGCACACAAUCGGUAACAAAUGGACACCAGGUAAUAGAUUCAAUUGAGAGCACCUUUCCUGUGAGACUUUCAAACCUCUUGGUUGAGCUUCAAGAACAGCAGUGAUGUUUCCUGUACCUUGGUGACCAUGAGUGAGAGCAACACAAUGUAAACCUUGCUAGACUGUCAUAACCCUGCAGUAGCCUGAAUUGUGAAAAGAGAGCACUGCACAUGAUACUGUGAGAGAGAGAAUAAGGGUCCAUAUGAACAUAGCGUACAGCUAAAUGUACUAUACAAAGAGAAGCUAUUAUCAAAGUAAAUUAUAUCUCAAGUUAAUAAUUACUGAAACCUAUACAUUGUAAAGUGUAAGUCUGUUUAAGAAAGCACUUGUGUAGUGGUUACGACUGUCUUGUGCAAAUAUGACAUUUAAUUAGUUGCUUUGUCCUUGUCCCUGAUUAGUGUAGUAAAAGUGAUCAACCAUGCAUAUAUAUAUAUAUAUAUCUUGCUGAAUGCUUUUUUUGUGUUCUUUUUGUUUGCUGCCAGCUAAGAUAGUUGUUAUAUGGUUUAAAGACAAAAUGUUGAAACUUGAGUACAUGCUUUAAUCACUUACUUGUACCAAUCAGAACACUACUACCGUUUUACACAAUGCUUCCCAUCUUGGACACGGUAACACAAUAGAGCCCAGUCACAUCAUUGUGCCACUUAACAACAUCCUAAAGGUCUUUACAAAUUACAAAUAAAGGUGUCCAUACAUUGAAA